AUGCCAGGUUCUUCAAUUUUAGCCAACCCAUUUGAAGACAAAGAUAUUAUAAUAAAAUUUGGCGUCAAAUAUGAACGUUCAGAAAGAUUUAAAAGGUGGAUGCUAGAACAACUAGAAGGUUAUCAAUGCCACCGUAUCUUAGAGGCUGCCUGCGGCACUGGUGGGGAUUCCUUGUUGCUCUUGGAGAAAGGCUUUCAUGUCACUAGUUCGGAUGACUCCCAGCAAAUGGUUAACUACGCAAGACAAGUUAAAAAGGAGAAGCAAAUUGAAAACUGGGAAAUAUUAAAAGCUAAUUGGUUAUCUCUAAGAGACGAUCUCCACGGGCUUGGAACAUUUGAUGCAGUGUUGUGUGUUUCAAGUUCCAUUAUCUGUCUCAUUGAUGAAACACCAGAACUGGCCCUCUAUCGUCAGAGUUUCGAAAAUUUCAAAUCAAUGUUGAAACCUGGUGGGAUUCUCCUAAUCGACCAUAGGAACAUGGAUGCCGUCAUAGACCAAGGCACACCAGUCAACAAGCUCGUUUAUUACAAGCACAAUACCAUUGCUAAUAUGGAGUCCCAGCUUCUUACAUAUGAAGGAAACCCGUUUGCUGCAAAUAUCUCAUAUGAUAUGAUCCAGGAACACAGUGAUCGACAGGAUUCUCUUCUAUCCAAGGGGAUCGUUGAAAGAGUGACGAUCCCUUUGCAAGCAAUUCGGACGCAGAAAUUUACAAGUCUUCUAAAAGAGAUUUUCGGGGAAGAUUGUGAAUACAACACGUUUGCCGAUUUCAAGUCAUGUGGAGAGGUGGAUUUACCGGCAUAUUAUCAAUAUGUCUUCCGCAAAUCAACAUGA